CACCUCGGAGCUGGAAAUGUUCCUCUCUGCUCGCUUUGAUCAUUUCACCCUCUUCAUUACCCACGUUAUGGAUCCCUUUUCGGUCGUAAGAGGAUGCAUUAUUUUGACAACUGCGCUGACUGACUGACAUCAGCUGUCUCCUUAAAGUGGAUUUUGGAAUCAAGAUAAAAACCUUCAGCAUGAUGAACCAUCCUUCUCUUCCCACAUGUCACUUCCUCUUGUUCUCUGUCCUGUUAUUUAUAUAUUGUUGGAACAAGGCAACCUGUUCUACUGGGGAGGGCAGGAAUAUUUGGCAGCAGCCCAACAUGGACCCCAUCCUCAAACAACAAUCUUUCCUACAUGAGACCUUCCCACCAGGUUUCCUCUGGGGCUCUGGGACUUCUGCUUUCCAGACAGAAGGAGCCUGGAAUCAAGAUGGGAAAGGUGCUUCGAUUUGGGACAGUUUCACUCACAACUAUGUCAGUGGCAAUUUGGCCAGCCAGGCCGCCAAUGUGGCAAGUGACAGCUACAAUAGAUGGGAAGAAGAUGUGAAGGCACUGGAGUAUGUAGGUGUAAGAUCAUACUCUUUUUCUCUCUCCUGGCCCAGACUCUUUCCUGGUGGAAAUGCCAGAGGUCAGCCCAACACAGCUGCUGUGAAGCAUUACCGCCGCCUCAUAGAGAGGCUUCUGGAAAAGAAGAUCGAGCCCAUUGUCACUCUCCAUCACUGGGACCUGCCACAGGUGCUGCAAGAGGAUUAUGGAGGCUGGAAGAAUGACACUCUGGUGGAACUUUUUGAAGCGUACGCUGCUUUUUGUUUCCACACUUUUGGGAGUCGUGUGAAGCACUGGCUCACAAUGCAUAAUCCAUACCUGGUGGCUGUGCAGGGAUAUGGCACAGGUGCACACGCUCCUGGAGAGACAGGUGGUCCUGCCGCCUCUCUCACUGUGGCACACAAUCUGAUAAAGGCUCACGCCAAAGCAUGGCACACCUACAACACCAACUUCCGCAAAGCUCAAAAAGGUAAAGUGUCCAUUGUUUUAGGGUCCCACUGGGUGGAGCCUCAAAGAGGUAAAGCUGCUGAUGCAAGUGUUGAGCUCUGCCAGGAGUCAAUAGAGGCAGCUCUCGGUUGGUUUGCCAACCCCAUCUUUGUUGAUGGGGACUACCCAGUCUCCUUAAAAACCAAGUACGGGGCUCUUCUGCCCACAUUCACCUCUGAGGAGCAGCUCUGGGUGCAGAAGACAGCUGACUUUUUUGCCCUGUCCUUUGGGCCUAACAACCUCCGUCUGGGACAGAACAUAAUUGGCUAUGGGCAGACUGUGACCCCAGACCUGCGACAACUCCUGGGUUGGAUAAAGCUGGAGUAUGGAAAUCCGAGCGUGCUGGUAGCUGAGGGAGGCUGGUUCUCUGAAGCCACUGUGGGAAUGGAAGACACAGUUGGCAUCUAUCUGAUGAAAAGCUUUGUCAACCAAGUCCUGCGAGCCAUUAAGCUUGACGGUGUACAGGUGUUUGGAUACAUGGCCUGGUCAUUAGUGGAUGGAUUUGAGUGGAAUUAUGGAUAUAGUAUUAGACGAGGCCUUUUUUAUGUCGACAUCAGCAAACCAAACAGAACCAGGAGCCCCAAGAGCACUGCUCAGUACUACAGACAAAUAGUUAAAGAUAAUGGAUUCCCGAGUGAUGAAACCUCACAAGAGGUGAAAGGCCAUUUCCCCUGCAAAUUUCAGUGGGGUGUUGCAGACUCCACUUUACAGGUCCAGUUCUACCCUUUCUCCCCACAGUUUACUGACCCUCAUCUGUACAGCUGGAACCUGACAGGCGACGGCUCGUUGCAUCAAGUCCCAGGUGUGAAGCUCCACACUAGACAGGCCCAGUGCACGGACUAUUUGGCUAUCCGUGAUCAUCUUCGCCUGUUGGCAUCCACUGGGGUGUCACACUAUCGCUUUGCUCUAAACUGGUCUCUGAUUUUACCCCAGGGAGACCUCUCUGAUGUAAACACUGAAGCUCUGAGGUACUACCGAUGUAUCGUGACCGAGCUCAAGAAGCUGGACCUCGAAGCUCUAGCUGUCAUGUACUACCCAACACACAGAUCUCCAAAUCUGGGCUUACCUGUGCCACUGCAUGCCACAGGUGGUUGGCUAAAUUACAGCACAGUGAACGCUUUUCAGGAAUAUGCAGCACUUUGCUACCAGGAGCUGGGUACCUGGGUUCAGAACUGGAUCACCAUUAAUGAGCCAAACAGACUUAUAGAUGCUUAUUCCAGUGGGGAAGACAAGCAUCAAGCAGCUCAUAACCUUCUUCUGGCUCAUGCAAAAGCCUGGAGGUUAUAUGAGAAGGAACAUUCUGGUCAACAGCAAGGACUGGUAUCGUUGGCACUACAUGCUGACUGGGCCAAACCUGCAAACCCCUUCCUGGAAUCACACACUGCAGCAGCAGAGAGAUUCCUUCUGUUUGAACUUGGCCGGUUCUUAGACCCAUUGCUGGGGACUAGAGAUGAUGAUGAGGAGAACAAGGGGGACUACCCACAAGAAAUGAAAGCAUACUUGGAGGAGAGAGCUCGAGUAAUGGCCCUCCCCAGAUCCCCUCUUCCUAAUUUUACUGAGACUGAGAGGAAGGAAUUGAGAGGGGCAUUGAGUUUUAUCGCACUGAACCAUUUUACCACCCGUUUGGUCUCCCCACUUUCCCACACACAGGACAGUUUUCAGCAGAAAACAUCCCCUGAUCAUGACUGCUUGAUCCUUUCUGAUCCCACGUGGCCCUCCUCUAGCCUGCGGCAAGCUCUUGUGCCAUGGGGCCUGCGUAAGAUGCUGAACUGGGUUAGUCAGAAAUAUGGAGGAACUCUACCUAUCAUUAUCACAGGCACUGGGAUUGAUGAUCAGGCUUCUGUUGAGGAUAAACUCAGGCAACACUACCUACGGAGUUACUUGCAGGAAGCACUCAAAGCUUACCAUCUCGAUGGAGUCAACUUGCAGGGCUUCUACGUGUGGAAACUCCAAGAUCAUCAUGUACCGCAAUAUGGCCUCUUCACCUCAGCCCAACACCAAUCCAAACCUAAAGCCUCCAUCGCUGUGUACAGAGAAAUCAUUGCUAACGGCGGUUCCCUUAACAAUGACUCAGUGCAGCCCUGCAGGUUUAGUGAGCUGCAUGAACCUUGCUUUGUAUGCGCAUGGAUGUUCAAGAACAAAGCGAUGCUGGUCUUUGGGGGCUGCUUGCUAAUAACAGCUGUAAUGCUGGCAGCACUGGUCGUUUUUGUCACAGUCACCAAAAGAAACCGAAGACGUAGCAGAGGGAGAGGGAAGGUUGGUUUGAGCAGGAGGAGAAGAAAGGAAGGAGCGUGUUUGUGUCCACCUGGUGUUAAGCGAUAACACUAGGAAAGACUGACUCAUUCAUAUGUCAUAGAAAAAGUGCGUAGCCCAUUAACAGGGAAGAGCCACAGCUUAUGUUUGCUCCGUUUGUGUUUGUUUUUGCUCUUAUGACAAAUGUGUGAUUAGUUGGGACACUGUGGAAAAUGUAAAUAAAAGCAGAAUUCGUUGAUAUGAAAAGCUCAUAAAUCCAUAUUUUAUUUACAACAGAACAUAGAAAACAUCAAAUGUUUAAAGUGAGGCAAUAUACCUUUGUAAAACAAUAUUCACUAAUUUUGAAUUUGAUGUCAGCAGCAUGUCUCUAAAAAGUUGGGACAGGGCCAUGUUUACUGCUGCGUAGCAUCCCUUUUUUUCUAUUAACAAGAUUUCAUGAACAUCUGGGAACAGAGGAGACCAAAGGAAUGUCCCAUUCUUGUCUGAUAUUGGAUUCUGGCUCCUCAUGAUGGGCCAAAUAUUUUCAGUUGGUGAAAGGUCUGGACUGCAGGCAGACCACUUUAGCACUCAAACUCUUCUACUAUGAAGCCAUGCUGUUUAUAGCUAAAGUAUGUAGUUUAGCAUUGUCUUGCUGAAAUAUGCAAGAACUUCCCUGAAAAAUAUGUCACCUGGUUGGGAGCAUAUGUUGCUCUAAAGCCUGCAUAUAACACUGAUGGUGCUGUUCCAGAUGUGCAGGCUGCCAAUGCCAUAGGUACUAAUGCACUCCCGUACCAUCAGAGAUGCAGGCUUUUGGUCUGAAUGUUGAUAACAAGCCAGAUGGUCUCUCUCGCUUGCUAGUCAAGAGGAGGCAGUGUCUAUAUGAAAAAUAGUUUCAAAUUUGGAUUCGUCUGACCACAGAACAGUUUUCCACUUUGCCUCAGUCCAUUUUAAAUAAGCUUUUGCCCACAGAAGACAGCAGCAUUUCUGGAUCAUGUUCACAUAUGGCUUCGCCUUUGCUUUAACCUGGCUUUAACCUGGAUUUGCAGAUGGCACGUGAACUGUGUUCAGAUACUGAUUCCUGGAAGUGUUCCUGAGGCCAUGCAGUGACUCAUGCCUGUUUUUAAUGCAGUGCUGCCUGAAGACCCGAAGAUCACACGCAUCCAGUGCUGAUUUUGGGCCUUGCCCCUUGUGCGCAGAGAUUUCUCCAGAUUCUCUGAAUCUUUUGAUUAUAUUAUGUACUGUAGAUGAAGAGAUAUUGAAAGUCUUCACAAUUUUACCUUGAGGAACAUCAUUUUAUUAACAUAAAUAGCUGCAAAAUGUUUCUUUGGAUGUUUCUUUUUAGUUCCACUUACUUUUACAACCUUUUUUGUC